AUGGGCCCCUGUACCGCCUCCCCAUGCUGCUGCCAGGCCCGUAAUCUGCCAUGGGCCCCCGUACCGACUCCUCAUGCUGCUGCCAGGCCCGUAAUCUGUCAUGGGCCCCUGUACCGCCUCCUCAUGCUGCUGCCAGGUCCAGAGUGUGUCAUGGGUCCCUGUACGGCCUCCCAUUGCUGCUGUCUCUAUCGCCACACUCUGCCAUGUGCUACUUUCAGGUCUCCUCACACUGCUGGUGGUUUCCAUUUUUGUCAUAGGGUGCUGUAUGGCCUCCCAUUGCUGCUGCCUCCACCGCCACACUGUGGCUCCACACUCUGGUUUUGGCCCCGUGACUGCCCAAAUGAGUGAAGUGUGCGGUGAUUCUAAGAUCGACGGCACUCAUCUGCAUGUCAUACUGACUGACAGUAUUAGUUCUCUUCCCCAGCAGACUCCAAGGACAUUUAAAUUAAAGGUACAGUGUUCUGCACUAAUAUAA